UUGUCCAAAUGCAGCCGAGAGCCAGACUGCUAAAGGAGCAAAGGAGCCACUAAUAAUUGCCAGUACUUUCCUACGUGUCUUCCCCACUCCAAGAAAAAGCAGUUUUAGGCAAUCUAAAAGGGAAUUGCAUUUGAAUCAUACUAUUCAAAUAUAGUCUUGCUAGGGCCGUAUUUGGAGUAGUUGUAGCAAUUGCUUCCUUUGGACGCACAGGCAAGGAGCUGUUUUUUAUUUAGUAAUUGCUUUCUCAUGCUGGUGGACUGUCUCUAAGAAGCUUCUGGCAUGUUUGCCUACGUCGUCCUCGCUCGUAGAUGCCUCUUAAUCCAUUCAUAGUAUAGUUCUGUGCAGUCUGCUCAUCCCCAGUGCUCCUGUAUAAGUCUACUGAAUGCCAGGCGAGCGGAGAUACAGUGCCAUCCAUGUAGCUGUGUGCACCUGGCACAGGUGCCUCAUCAGAAGUAGGAAAGUCCUUCACCUUGUGGCGUUGACCAGCAGCAGAGGAAUCAGUGAGGAAUCCAACAGAAGAGGGAAGUGGAAAACAUUGGUGGGUGGUUCUGUUCUGAGGAUGGCAGCUGAGUUCAGUUACAGUUCCUCUUUCCACCUUUUUGCUGUCAUGCGGCUGCUUUGGAGCAAGUGGCGUGUGCCACGAGGAGACCUGCUCGAUCUCUUCCUCAUGUGAAAUAGUUCCUUUCACACUCCUCUUGCAACCACGGAAGCUCUGGGGUGUCGGGGGCUUCUCAUCAGCCCAGCUGCUUUCCUACUCCAGAUGGUUUGAAAGUUUGCGUACUGUUUUACAGCCUGUGCGCUGACUGCCAGACUUCGAUCCAUAAAACCAGACCAAAUAAGGACAAAAAUCCGCUUAUCAGUGGCCCAAGAAAAAGUAUUUGUUGCUUGGGUUAGAACCCAUGCGUGCCUGCUGGAGCGCUUCUGAUCUGAAGGACUGGAAAUAUUUUAGGAUAGGAUAUAAGACAACUAACAACAAGAUCGCCAUCAUUGUGGUGGUGAAAAGUGCAGAAUGCAGUUCUUGGUAACUUAUCUUACAUAAGCCACCUGCUCGCUGAUGUUGCUCAAUAUCUGAUCUUCCAUGUAUCCUGAAUAUUGGUAGUGGUAAUUGAAACUGGUAGGAGUUGAAGUGCAUAGCAACUGGGGGACAGCAGGUUGGGGAAGACCGUUGUACCAUCUUUCGGAAGGCAGAAUUAUGGACCGGCCCUACCGUCGGGCAGAGGCCUCUUCUGACUUGGGCACCGAUUUUGCGUUCCAGGAAAGGGCAGCAAAUUGCUUAUUUGAUACGGUAUUGCGAUAUUUUAAUGGCCAGAAUGGUAAAGAGGCACUUCUCAGGUUUCCUGCCUCAGCUGCCAGAAAUAACACGACCCUCGUUCGGCACUCUGCUCCAUGACUUGGGAGGAGUGGGUUCCCCUUGUUUCUUGCCUCGGGCAGCAAAAUCGCUUGGGUUGCCCAGGAGUGAAGGAAUACAAUGUCUAAACCAAGAAAGGGAAUUUGACUCAUGUUUAUGAAGAACUAGCAUUAAUGACUCAGGACUGUAUUUAUUGAGAGCUGAACUUUUUACAAAGAACAGGUAAAGAAAGGUAUCUGAACAAAGCUUGUGAAUGUAUAUAAGCUUUAAUGGCAAACAAUGCGCUGUUUAUUGCAAAAUUGCAGCCUUUGGCUGCAUGGCUCUUGGUAACUCCUGUCUGCACACACAACUGCUGUUUUGGCUUUUAAAAAGCGAAGUCCAGUAAGGAGUGUACACGGUUGACAAGAGCUGUCAGUAGAUCUAGAGAGGCAGAUAAUUCUCCGUUCUCCAAAACAAUGCACGGCCGCUUCUAUUAUUUCACUGUCUGUAUAUCCCUGCCUUCUCCGGAGGAAUGAUUAUCCUGCUCUUCAGGAGAGUGUUGUCUGCCCGUGCAGGCAGAAAAGGCCUGCUUCUGUUGCACGGCACAUGCUGACUCUCUUCCACCCAUGUUGCCUUUCAGAGAAUGGCUGCUCCCUGUGUCCCGAGCUCCUCGUCUCUGUUGCUGAGCCAGGGUGCGAUGGGUAUCCUUCGCUGGACUCUCCCGAGAACUAUAAGCUGAGCCUUUCGGAGCAGCAGAUGCUUCUCACGGCGGACAGCGUCUGGGGAGCGCUCCGAGGGUUGGAGACCUUCAGCCAGCUCGCCAGGAGAGACGAUGUUGGGACAUUCUACGUGAACAAGACGGAGGUUGUCGACUUCCCCCGCUUUCCCCACCGAGGCCUGCUGCUUGAUACCUCUCGCCACUACCUGCCCCUGAGAGCCAUCCUGGAGACGCUGGAUGUCAUGGCCUACAGUAAGUUCAACGUGUUCCACUGGCACAUUGUGGAUGACCCAUCCUUUCCGUACGAGAGCAUGGUGUUCCCCGAUCUCAGCCUGAAGGGGGCCUACAACCCUGCCACACACGUGUACACGGCCAGCGACGUGAAGACGGUGCUUGAGUACGCCCGGCUGCGCGGGAUCAGGGUGAUCGUGGAGUUUGACACACCUGGCCAUACCCUCUCGUGGGGCGCAGGCGCCCCCGGCUUGUUGACACCUUGCUAUAGCGGCCCGAAGCCGUCUGGAUCCCAUGGGCCAGUCAACCCCAUCCUCAACACAACCUACCAGUUCAUGAGCGCGUUCUUUGCCGAGAUCAGCGCGGUCUUCCCCGACUUCUACGUUCAUCUGGGCGGAGAUGAGGUUGACUUCACCUGCUGGAAGUCUAACCCAGAUAUCCAGGCAUUCAUGCAGAAGAUGGGGUUUGGCCAGGAUUACACCAAGCUUGAAUCAUUCUACAUCCAGAGGCUGCUGGAUAUCGUCUCUUCCUACCGCAAGGGCUACGUGGUGUGGCAGGAGGUUUUUGAUAACGCCGUGAAGGUGAAGCCCGACACCGUCAUACAGGUGUGGAAAGAGAACGGCGGGUCCUACCAGGCGGAGAUGGCCCGCGUCACCAGCGCCGGCUACAGGGCCCUGCUCUCUGCUCCGUGGUACCUUAACCAUAUCGCCUAUGGACAGGAUUGGCUGGGGAUUUACCAGGUGGAACCUCUGGAAUUUGAAGGCAGCCCUGAGCAGAAAGCGCUGGUGAUCGGCGGAGAGGCCUGCAUGUGGGGCGAAUACGUGGAUGUGACGAACUUGACUCCCAGGCUUUGGCCCAGAGCGGGGGCCGUGGCUGAGAGGCUGUGGAGCAACAGGACGGUGAGGAACCUGCAAGACGCUUACGCAAGGCUGGCCGACUUCCGAUGCACCUUGCUCAGACGAGGGAUCCAGGCGGAGCCGCUCUUUACAGGAUACUGUGACUAUGAGUACAAUGGAUUUUGACUCUCGCAGUCUGUUCCUGUAUUUUGUUGUGUCACAUGUGGGAAAGAGGGGAGCGUGUGUGUCAUGAAUGCUUCCGUGGAAUCGGUCUGUUGUGGAUCCUAGAUUCCGGGGUUGGUUAAAGAAGCACUUUUGCGGGUGGGAGAUAUAAUUAUGAGCGGCCAGAACAAUCAAUGCAAUAGAGCCAGAAGGAAAAGUG